ACUAUAAUCCAACAAACAUGAGAUUUUCAACUAGGCUACAUGUAUUCUCUGUCUCUUUCUUUUAAUUCCCAUCCAAGGACCCUCUUCUUUUCAUAAUUUGGAUGUUCGUUUUGUUACAUCCCCUCCCUCCCAUAGAUGCUUAUAAUUCUUUUCAUGACUCUCUCCCCCUUCCCUCCACUGCCUGUAUGAUAGGUUGUGACACUACACACCUAGUGUAUACCUCUCCUCACCACCAGCGCUCGCCUGGCGUGAUCACCUGCAGUGGGCAUGGUCUCUGGCUUCAAAUUAGCAGCCCGCACUUUUUCUUUCAUUCAUAAAUUAUAUAUUCUAGAUUUCUCGAUCUAGGUCACAUUUAUUUAUUGAAAAAAAUCAUAGAUUUAUUAAUCCCAAUAAUAUUUCUUAUUACGAUUUUGCCUUGUGCACUAUAGGAGAAUGUGUUUAAUUCAUUAUUAUUCAUUGAAACACCUCCUUUUUUAAUUUUUUUUAACAGCUAACAGUAUGAAUGUGAUUGGAAUGUCUUUCUAAAGAUGUUUGGAAGCUUAUUUUGAUAAAUCCACCAGCCUACGAUCAAACAGGCUCAUAAUAUAGCCUUCAUCCCUUAUAUGGGUAUGAAUUGCCGGGGGAGGUUUAAACAAUAGCUUUACAUACUUGGUUACCGAGAAUCUAAAAAACUGCCAUCUGCUUUGGAAAAGCGGAACAAAAAUACAGGAACUUAUCUAAAAUUGGACAUGCACUGUCCCGAAACAUCGUUUUUAGCUCCAAACAUAAAAACAAAUUAAUUAUAAACAAAAAAAGCGACGUGUUUCUUAAAGGAGAUUUUGAUGAGCUGUGCCUAAUAUAAGAAGCUACUAUAGAUUCGUUCGACUCGGUAACUUAUUAGUAACUAGAAUAGAUCUAAGUCUACUUCAACUUGUCAAGUCCAACUUAAAACUACAAUCUAGAUGUAGUCCAAGUUAAAGAAAAAUGGCGAAUAGAAUAAGUAUUGGAGAUGCAUAUAAUCGUUUUAUGCUUUUAAACCAAAUGAGUGUUAAUACCAAGGAAAAUGCUAGAGAAAAUGAGAGAAAAACUGCUGACAGUCACAAUAGCUACCUUGAACGUGAACAAAACGCUUUGAAAUUAGAAAAUACCAAACUGAGAAGUGAACUGGAAGAACUAAAAUCUACUUUAAAGCAAAUUACUUGCGAAAAUUCUCAUGAAAAGUUUGAUGAAAGGCGCAUAAAUUUAAUGAAAUUUCAAACCAUUCAGCUAGAAAGACAGAUAUCUGUACUAACUGAAGCUUUAGGUUGCAGACAAGAGUCACUUUAUGAAGUAGAAAAUGUCUUGCUUUGGCAGGGAAAUAAAUUAAGGUCACUUAUUCCAAAAACUUCAAAAGGCAUAGUGUCCCUAGAGUCUACUGAUUUGACACAAAUGCUUGAAAAUCUGGAAUCAUCAAGAAUUAAAUUGUUCAAAUCAUUAGAGAAUUCAACAAAAGAGUCAGCUGGAAAACCUUUGCUGUUAUUAAAUCCAUUUUUAGGAGGAAAAUAUAGAAAAGAAGAAAGUAUCUCACUGCUGGAUAUAUCUUUACAAUGCAUGGACUAUGUUAAUUUGAGACAUGUUAGCAAGCUAGAAUCAAAAUUAAGUAUACUUUACAAAGAUUUAAUCCAAUUACAAAAAGCCUUGGAAAUAAAUGGCAUUCAAGGAAGCAUUGCUGAAAAAAAACGAUUAGACAGUAUCAUUUUGAAAACAUCUGUGAAUAUCAAAGAUGCUGCUGAUGAUCUUUUAAGUCUGUCUCUUCUCUGUCCAAGUGCACCAUGGAAGGAACUAAAAAGACCACUUUGUAAGCAGGUACCUGUUGAUAGGCUCAUGGCAGCCCUUCCUCCUCUUCCCCAAUGUAAGCGGGAGGAAGUUGUCCAUGUACUUGAAGCUUGUAUCAGAACCUGCAAUCAUAGACAUCUGUUGCUACAGAAAAAAAGUGAAGCCCUAAAAGAUGAAUUAUCAUUUCAUAGAUCAGUGUAUGAUAUACAGAUGCAGUACACACAGGAUCUCAUUGAUGCAGUCAGGACUGGCUACAAAGAUUUUGAAACAUCCAUUCAGUCUGUAGUUUGUCAAUCUUUACAAAACCUACUGGAAUCUUUUUCAAGACUAAAAAAAUCUGCAUCUGAAGAAGCAUUGAAAGAAUUUCUUCUCUUUAUCAAAGAAAAUGAAAAUCAGUUAGCUUCUAUUGUCAAAAUGCUGAGCACUGAAGACAGUCAUCACAAGGACAAUGGCUCAACAUUUGUGUCCCAAUAUGGAGAGACAUUUUUAACCCAAGUUAACGACUUAAUUAACCAGUGUCAACAGAAGCGGGAUGAAUCUAUCCACAAGAACAAACAAAUACAAGAGCAACAGAGCCAGUUAGAGGAGGAGCUGUGUAAACUUAUUGAGGAACUAGAGGCUAAAUAUGAUAAGCAAUGGAUACUGCAAUCUGCCAAGAGAGAGAAGAGCAAUGAUACCAUACAGAGAGGUUUUGUGGAUGAAAAACAUCAGAAUGUAUCCAGUAGUUCACAAAUGCCUUCAGAAACACAUCUUUCAGACAGUACUAGUCAUUCUGAUUAUAUUCAUGAAACAUCAAACAAGGGAAACAGUAUCCUCAUAUAUGACAGGAGUGACAUUCCUAAAGUGACAGAUUUAGUUUAUAGGAAAGAUACUGGUUGUGAAAAGUUACAUAGAAGCCAGCAUUUAAAUAAGAUUGAUAGAGCAAGCCCACACAAUUCUGGAAUGUUAAGUGUGUCUGAGACAACUCAAGAAAAAAACAGGGUGGCAUAUUCAAGAAAUGUAAAAAAUAGAAAACCUUCAGUGCCAUUAGUAGCUCAAAGAGUGUUAAAAUUACAAAGACCUAAAAGCUUAAUAAAUCUAGGUAGUUCCAAGAAAGAGAGAGAUUCAGAUAAUGAUGUAUGAUUAAAAUAUUUAUUUAUUUUAUAAAAUGCUUGUUAAUAGCUCAUUCUUGUUAUUUAUUGAAAUUAAAACUUUUUAGAAAUUCUUUGCAACCAAGAGUAGAGUGCCACAAUUGCAAACUUUUUCAAAUAUGCAGAGGAAAUUUUUUAGGUAUUGUUUUGUAAGUUAGAUAAAUCCUAAGCUGUUUAAAGAAACAAAAUAUGAAAUCGCACCAUAAAUUUAUUUAAAAUUUAUUUUGUUGUCAAUUUUAAAGCUUGAUACAGAGCAUGUGCAUAAAAAGAAGAUAUAGCCAGAAAAUCAGAUAACAAACAAAAACAAUUUAUGAAGACAUAGAAACAAUGACUGCAAGCAUAAGAAAUAAUGUUCAAUAUAUAAUACAGUUGUAACAUCAAAGUGUGGUACAAAUUUACAUUUUUUGCAAGUGUCUUGUUGAAUCAAAGUGAACUCAAAAGAGAUCUUUAGUAAGUGCUCUGCACAUUACAUCUACAAUGAGUUUAUUUACAAUUUCGUAUACACAUUGUAUAUAAAACAGUGGACAAACAGAUUCAACAAAAUGUAGAAGCUUAAUGUUUUAAAAAAAAAAAAAAAAAAGGGAAAACAAAAAUAUUUUAGUACCGUACUGGUACCAGUUGUACAUCAACUUUUUAAGAAAUUAUUUUUUUUUAUCUCGGGUAUGCACAAGUUGACAUGGCAAGCCAGGUGUGGCUAGUUCAUUUCAAACAAAUAGAAAUCUUUCUCAGUUUUUUGCAAUUUUUUUCUGUCACACAUCUUGGGGUGGAACCUAAAUAAACCAAUAUCUCAAUUUUUCUAUCUCUUUCCAGUUUAUUCAGCUGCUAAGAUUGUAUAUACCAAUGACACAAACAAAAAUUAAUUCAAUUUGUAACAAACAUUUACUACUUUGAAGCUCUGUUGACAAAUAGAAUGCUUAAUUCAUCAUAAAUAAAAAUUCAACAUUGAGCCAAUCAAAUGUUGUUUUGUUUCAAACAUUAGUUGAAUGUUCUAAAAUGUACCAAACAUUAGAGUGAUACAUUAAACUAUUGGCUGCAGGUAACAAAAGUGAUACUCUUAAGUCUUAAAAAAAAUGUUUUGACCUAGAACACAUACACAGCAAUCACAAAGUGAUAAUAAAUAUAGUGACAUCAAAUUACAACCAAAAGAAAUAUUUACAUUCCAUUGAGCUCAACAAAACCAGGGGAAGGAACAAAACUACUUUAGUACCAUCAACAAGAUGAACAUUUGCACACAGUUAACACAUUAGUACAUUUCAAUUGGUCAAACUGACAGCUACAUAUUUUUUAAGAUGAAAUAAAAAUGCAGAAAAUAGUACCUAGACCAACUAUAGGUAUUAUAUUCUAUAAAUAACAUUAAAAUUAUUAAGAUGUUUAGAUAUUUGUAUGGUAAGAUAUUUUUGAUAUCGCUAUAUUUGAUACAACUUUAAAAAAUGAGAGAUAUUAAGGAUCAAUAGGAUGUAUUAACAUACAAAAUGUUUAGAUUAGUUAAUAUUGUAAAAGGCUUAUCAAAACAGAAUAUUCAUUUUUACGACACUUAUGAAAUCUUGUAAAUUUGUAUUUAAUCUUACAGUGGCAAUUGAUAUUUCUUUUAUUGUGUGUGUGUGGGGGGGGGGGGGGGGAGAGAAGAGAGUAAUAGCAGAAGUGGUGGAGCCUGUAGAUGCCACACCAUUUAGUUAUGUUAAAUAAAUAAUAAAUAUGCAUACUAUUUUAACAUUAAAAGGUAAGAAUUUUUUUUUUCUAUUUCUUUUUUUGUUUAUACCUUGAAAAGUUAAUUCUUUUUAUUUUAUUUUAUUCAAGGCUUAGUAUUGGACUAUAUAAAACAUACAGUGCAGGCUCAACUGGAGACCUAACCAAUAGAUGUAGAAUAGCUAAUCUCUGAGCAAAACAUUCUUACUUCACUAAGAGCUUUAAAAAAAAACAACUAGGGUUGCAAAAAAUGAUGAAAAAAGCAUUUUUUUUU